GCUGAAGCUCUCCGACACUUUAUAACCCUCUCUACUGUUUUCAGAAUGAGCACCAAGGUGUGGACUGAGGAGCAGUUCAACUGCCCCGUGUGUCUGGACCUGCCUAACGACCCUGUCACCAUUCCCUGUGGCCACAGCUACUGUAUGGAAUGCAUCAAGGACUACUGGGUUAAAGAUGACCACAUCGGGAUCUACAGCUGCCCUCAGUGCCGACAGACCUUCUGUCCUAAGCCUCCUCUGUCCAGGAAUACCAUGCUAGCGGAGGCUGUGGAGCAGCUGAAGCGUGGUGGCCUGAGGUCUCGGGCCUCCAUCAGCAAGCCGGCAAACACUUCUUCUUCAGGGGGCGCCCCAGCUCCUGCAGGUUCCGCCCCCACUGCGAGGGUGCUCUGUGAUGUGUGCCAGGGUGACUCCCAGCCCGCGACCAAGACGUGCCUGGUGUGCCUGGCAUCCUACUGUAAGGCUCACCUGAAGCCCCACCAGCAGGCAGCGGCGCUGAAGCACCACGAGCUCAUCGCUCCCACCGGCCAGCUGAGGCAGAAAAUCUGCGGGAAGCACAAAUACCUGCAGGAAUUCUACUGCCGUUCAUGUCGGCUUUUCAUCUGCUGGCUGUGCAUCAGCCACGACCACAAGGAGCAUGACACAGUCUCCACCAAGGCUGCACGAGAUGAGAAGCAGCCCGAGCUCCUGACGUCACAGCUGGAGAACCAGAAGAAACUCGAGCAGAGGGAGAGUGAGCUGAAGGAGAUGAAGAAAGUGUUGGAGUGUCUCAAGGGCUCAGCAGGACGGGUCCAGCAGGACGCUCCGGUCAUCCUGUCCCAGCUUCAGCGCUCCGUGGAGAGGCUACAGGCUCUGGUUGGGGAGGUGAUGGAGUCUAGCGGGCGGGACAAGCUAAAUGAAGCCCAGGAGGUGGUGGACAAGCUGGAGGCUGAGAUCAGCGAGAUGAAGAGGAGGGACUCCGAAAUGAGAGAUCUGCUAAUUUGUGAGGAUAACAUCCACUUCUUGCAGCACAAUGAGGCUCUCUGUGGCCCCCUCGGCGAUAGUGAGCUGCCCAAGGUGACCGCGCACCCUGACGCAUCCUUUGAACUGGUGCGUAGGGUCUUGCUGGACCUGCAGCAGGAGGUGGAGGACAUGUGCAACCAGCAGCUGAGUAAGAUCAGUAUGACAGUGAAAGACACAACAGUGUUUACACUGGGAGACAAUAACGUUAUUGCAGCUAAGACUUCUGGCCAAAGGUUCAAGUUCGAGUUUUUUAAGUUGUUUGGUGGACUGGGCUCCAAAGCUGCGGAAAAGCAAGGCCAAGGGCCAGGGGCUUCCCCCGGAUCCUCACACAGCGAAACACACGGUCCAGCGGCUGGUCUGGGCACUCUGGACGUGAGGAGCAGAGACGAGCCAGUCGUUAACAGAGACACCAGGAACACAGAACCUGCCAGCCAGCAGAAGGAGCCAGAGGCCUCUAGCAGAGAUGAAGUUCCUUGUUCCCACGCUGCAGUGGAACCUGGAUCAGGAAGAACCGCAGUUCAACAGAAAGUGACGCCGGGUGCAGGUGGGACUGCACGUCCUCCACCGGCAGAGGCUGUGGGCACGGAUGGUGUGAGCGCGUGGGGAUCAGCUGGCACCCAGCCCAGUGUGACGGUCAUCGCCAACCAAGUCAAUCCGAGUCUCUUUUUGGACAGUCUGACCUCUGACGGUCCAGGGCACCAUGUCCUCCCAGUCUUGACAGAAAUCUCUGUGCAAAGUCUGCAGUGUCCAGAACCCAGGACCAGGCCUGAGUUUUUGCAAUAUGCUUGUAAGCUGGUCUUCGACUGUAACACCGCCCACCGCCGGCUGCGUCUCUCAGAGGGCAACACCAAGGCCACCCUGCAGCCUCCCACGCAGCCCUACCCCGACCUGCGGCAGCGCUUUGACGGCUGGAUGCAAGUGAUGUGCAGAGACGCGUUGACUGCCAACCGCUGCUACUGGGAGGUAGAGUGGAGGGGGAGGGGUUCCUCGCUGGGUGUGGCCUACGCGGCACUAGCCAGAAAGGGGACAGACGCCCGGGCGGGACUGGGAUACAACGCCGUCUCCUGGAGCUUGGAGCUGUCGGACACCUGCUGCUCGGCCAUGCACAACAAUGAGAAGCAGGACAUCAUGGUGAGCUACUCGCCACGUGUGGGCAUCUACCUGGACCAGAACGAGGGCAAGCUGGCCUUCUACAGCGUCGCCGACAACAUGCAGCUCCUGCACGUGUUUCACGCCAACUUCGUGGAGCCCCUGUACCCUGCGUUCGGAGUGGGCAGCGGUGUGGGCAUCGGCCUGGACUUUGCCCUGGGGCAGUUCAGCUCCACAGUGGACAGUGUGAAGAUCUGCUCCAUCUGAAUAGCAGGAAGGUUCCAUUCCUGCUAUCAUGGGAGGGGGAGCUUCCUGCUUGGGGACAUACUAAUUUCUGGUGACCAUAUGCCUAUGUCAGGUUUUCUGGGGCAGGGGAAACACAAUAAAAUGACAAAAACA